CCCGUGGCGACCCACUCCAGCGUCGCGCUCCGUGACAGUGCGGCCUAGAGACCGAGAGCUUUGACUGCAGCUCCGCGCGCCGCUUCCGGGGAUGGGCGUGGCUCCUCCAGGAGCCGCCCAUUUCGGGCGGGCGCUCGGCCUCGUCGGUCCCCGCCCGUCAGUCCGCCCGGCGGGGCGGGGCGGGCCGCAGACCCGGCCUGGGCAGCUGCACCGGGAACCCUGAACCGGGAGGCAUCUGGCCGGCCACAGGGCCGGGGCGCACAGGCGGCGGCACCAUGUUCUCUCUCAAGCCGCCCAGACCCAGCUUCAGGUCCUACCUCCUGCCGCCGCCCCAGACUGACGAUAAGAUCAGUUCCGAACCGAAGAUUAAGAAACUGGAGCCAGUUCUUUUGCCAGGAGAAAUUGUUGUAAAUGAAGUCAAUUUUGUGAGAAAAUGCAUCGCAACAGACACGAGCCAGUAUGAUUUGUGGGGCAAGUUGAUAUGCAGUAACUUCAAAAUUUCCUUUAUUACAGAUGACCCAAUGCCAUUACAGAAAUUCCAUUACAGAAACCUUCUUCUUGGAGAACAUGAUGUUCCUUUGACAUGUAUUGAACAGAUUGUCACAGUGAAUGACCACAAGAGGAAACAGAAAGUCCUAGGUCCCAACCAGAAGCUGAAAUUCAAUCCAACAGAAUUAAUUAUUUAUUGUAAAGACUUCCGAAUUGUCAGAUUUCGCUUUGAUGAGUCGGGUCCUGAAAGUGCCAAGAAGGUAUGCCUUGCAAUAGCUCAUUAUUCCCAGCCAACAGACCUCCAGCUUCUCUUUGCAUUUGAAUAUGUUGGGAAAAAAUACCACAAUUCAGCCAACAAAGUUAAUGGAGUAUCAUCAGGAGGUGGAGGAGUAUGGAGUGGAGCGGGCAGUACCGGCAGCCAGAGGACGCCGCUGUUCGAAACUUACUCAGAUUGGGACAGAGAGAUCAAGAGGACAGGCGCUUCUGGGUGGAGAGUUUGCUCUAUCAACGAGGGUUACAUGAUAUCUACUUGCCUUCCGGAAUACUUUGUCGUGCCAAGUUCACUAGCAGACCAAGACCUGAAGAUCUUUUCCCAUUCUUUUGUUGGAAGAAGAAUGCCAUUCUGGUGCUGGAGCCACUCUAACGGCAGUGCUCUUGUGCGGAUGGCCCUCAUCAAAGACGUGCUGCAGCAGAGGAAGAUUGACCAGAGGAUUUGCAAUGCCAUAACUAAAAGUCAUCCACAGAGAAGUGAUGUUUACAAGUCAGAUCUGGAUAAGACUUUGCCCAAUAUCCAAGAAAUACAAGCAGCAUUUGUAAAACUUAAGCAACUAUGUGUAAAUGAGCCAUUUGAAGAAACUGAAGAGAAAUGGUUGUCUUCACUGGAAAGUACUCGGUGGUUAGAAUACGUCAGGGCUUUCCUUAAACACUCCGCAGAACUUGUGUACAUUCUGGAAAGCCAGCGUCUCUCUGUAGUCCUGCAAGAGGAGGAAGGCAGAGACUUGAGUUGUCUGGUAGCUUCUCUUGUUCAAGUGAUGAUGGAUCCAUACUUUAGGACAAUUACUGGAUUUCAGAGCCUGAUACAGAAGGAGUGGGUCAUGGCGGGAUAUCAGUUCCUAGACAGAUGCAACCACUUGAAGAGGUCCGAGAAAGAGUCUCCUUUAUUCUUGCUCUUCUUGGAUACCACGUGGCAGCUGCUAGAGCAGUACCCAGCCGCCUUCGAGUUCUCCGAGACCUACUUAGCGGUGCUGGGCGACAGCACCCGCAUCUCGCUGUUCGGCACCUUCCUCUUCAACUCUCCUCAUGAGCGGGUGAAGCAGAGCACGGGUGCAAAGCCUCCGUGGUGCACAGCUGGAACGGCUGAGGAGGAGAGUGUGCGUCCCUUACUCACGUGCCCGUCAUUCAUCUUCAGGGAAUUUGCUAUCAGCAAAAACAUUCAGCUGGGUGACGAAAAGGGCUUGAAAUUCCCCUCAGUUUGGGACUGGGCCCUUCAGUUCACAGCGAAGGACCGUACUCUUUUCCACAACCCCUUCUACAUUGGCAAGAGCACUCCUUGUGUACAGAAUGGCUCCAGGAAGUCUUUUAAGCGCACGAAGAAAAGCUACAGCUCCACUCUGAGAGGAAUGCCCUCAUGCUUGAAGAAUGGAAUCAUCAGUGAGCAAGAACUGCUGCUGCCUCGGAGAAACUCACUGAUCCUGAAGCUGAAGCCAGCCCCGCCUCAGCACGCCGACACAGCACGCCCGCACAGUGGAGCGGAACUGUACUUUAAGGAGUGGUUUUCCAGACCAGCCAACCUACACGGCAUUAUCCUGCCACGGCUCUCCGGAACACACAUAAAGCUGUGGAAACUGUGCUACUUCCGCUGGGUCCCCGAGGCACAGAUCAACUUCGGGGGCUCCAUCAUGGCCUUCCACAAGCUCUCGCUCCUGGCUGAUGAGGUGGACAUGCUGAGCAGGAUGCUGAGGCAGCAUCGCAGCGGCCCCUUGGAAGCCUGCUACGCAGAGCUGGACCAGAGCAGGAUGUACUUCAGGGCCACAGGGCCCCAUGACACUCUGGGGACACCAGAGUUCCUCUCCUCUUCAUUUCCAUUUUCUCCUGUAGGAAAUCUGUGCAGACGAAGCAUUUUAGGAACGCCAUUAAGCAAAUUUUUAAGUGGGGCCAAAAUAUGGUUAUCUACUGAGACACUAGCAAAUGAAGACUAAAUUAAGGUAUUUUCUGGACAUAUUGAGAGAAGCUGGACAUUUCCCUCUCUGAACUGAAAUUGCUAACUGAGGCUUUUAAAACUGGCCAUUUUGUACGUACGAAAUUUGCACUACUAUUUAAGUCAUGUUUAAUCAUGCUGCCUUCAGUUAUCCUAGGGCAGUGUGACUUUGGGGUUUUGUCCUGUGCCCUUUGGGCCUGGCUCAUCUGGGUCAUUACAGCACACAUUCCCGUUGUUACACUUCUCAUCACAACAUUGAGGUUCCUCUGCCAUGUGAAUUUUGCCAAUAUCUAUUUUCCUACUACCUACUAAAGGUUAUCUGAUAGUCAGAUUACAACCCAGAGAAGGUGGAUAGGGAAGUUGAUAAAUUAGUAUAAUUGCAUUUCUAGAUCAUCUGAUAAAACUCCCAAGAGGCCUCAGUUGGCAUCCAUGUGUUUAGCUAAUAUUCUUAGCUUGAGUUCUGGGGUUAGAUUUUCUUAUUUUAGUUUACCUCAGUUAGGACCUAAGAUCACUGUGUUUCAAAAUCAUGGAUUUGCUUUAAUUCCAUACAACUAACUGUUAAAAGAUGCACUGUAAUUUUAAAGCAUUCACUGUAGCUAUUUAAACCUAGAAGUGCCUUUGACAUUAAGAUAAAAGUAACACGGAAGCUAGAAUAACAGAGGAAUAUGAUUCUGCUCUUCAAAGCUGGGCUCUUUAGACCCUACUGUAUAUUGGAAAUAGCUUUUUGCCAACAAGCUUACACCAAUAGCCAGGAGUCUCCAGAACCACAGUUUUGUCCCUCAGAAAGUCUCCCUGCAAUCUCAGAGGCUCUUCAGGUAGCAGAUGCACAGCUCCAUCUGUGGCGGAGGGUGCCCAGGCCAUGGACAGGAGCAAGCCACGCUCUGACCACAGGCUGUGGGGAUGCUCUGGCCAACUCAGGAGCAUGUCAGCUGUCAUGCUGACACAGGCCAACACUUCUCCUUAGAAAUGACUGGCAGGGGUCAUGAGAUGGACACAUGCACAGACUAGAGAGGAAGACUUCCUCAGCUGUUGCUAUUUUAAUACACAAAGCUGCACCCCUCCAGGCUGGGGGCAAUGCCACAAGGCUGAGAGUCUGAAGCCUCCAUCCCAACUCUGAUCAGAACCUGGCUGCUUCACAAAGCCUGGGCCCCUGCACUCCCCAGUGCUCAUGUGCAGAGGGCUUCCUCUCCCUGUCAAAAGGUGGACGUGUCCUCAUGGACGAUGGCGCUGUCUUAAAUUGCCACCUUGGAUUUUGAAAUACUUUAUAGUAAAGUGUUGAUUUAGUUUGAUUCUUUUUCUAAAACAGAAUUUCUCAAAAUAGUUUGACCUGUGUAUGUGCUGUAUAGCCAUUUCUCCUAAAUUGACCUUUUCUAACUGUUUAAUAAUGUCUCUGCAUUUAACAGGGCAGACGUUCUUAUGUCUUAAAAAGUUCUUAUGGCUAAACCUAGUGUUUCCACUCAUCUGUUGCCUAUAAAAUAAGGGCUCUUGUCAGUUUACACAAAUAGCAUUAUCAGAGUGAGGAUGCGCCAGCCCCUGGCCACACAGUUAGCCCUGGCCCCUGACACGCGGCAGGGUGUCACCACUGGAGCCAGACAGUAAUUCCCCCAUUUUCAUGAAGAUGCUUUGCUACUUCUAUACGUUGUUCUAAAUUCAUUUUGAGGUUGAGAGUUCAUUUCUUUGUAAUUUUCAUCCCUCACGUUUACUUCAGCUCCCUUCAGAACUUUUUUGUUAACUUACAAGAAGGUCAGGUACUAUUAACACUACUUUAUGAUGGAAAUGGCAUAUUUUUGUAUGGUAAUCAGUUGUAAAUGUUUUUUUAUUUUGACUGGGUGGUUGUUACAUCAUGAUUAUUGUACUCCAGCUUACUAUGCAUAGUGUGUGGAACAGCUCCAGAGUCCUAGUGUGGCCUGUGGGACAGCUGCCUGGCACCUCUGCUAACAGAAGUGACCCUGUGGUGACAGAAGAGGUAAGCAUGGCUGCGUGCAGCAUACCAAAGAGCUCAGUAGCACUGUCUCCGAGGCCACCAGGGCAGAGCCUGGGCCGGCGGUCCCCAGGCGAGAGCUGAUGACACUGGGCAUUCUAACACUGACUUCAGAGGUGAGGUGUCUUACUGUUGCUUUAUGAUGGGAACCAAUUCUAAAACCAAAAAUGCCUUAAGGAAAGGACGCUAAUUUGUACUGACAGAAGAUGAAAACUGUUCAACACAGUUUUCAACAAGAUCCUCUUGCUGUAGCAGUAACCUUCAGCAAUUAAAACUUGGUGUUGAGACAAAACUAAAACCUUUGUGCCUAAAUACAGCUGCUGAGCUGAAGCAGGACGAGCAGAUUGAGUGGAUCCUGCUCCACAGAAUGGAUGUAAAGGGAAGUUUGACUGCUAAAUAAAAUCUCCAUGGAAACCGUU